AUGUUUGCCCGAGCUGCCCUCCUCCGUUCAACCAUCCCUCGUUUCGCAUCAACCAGCCCCCGUUUCUUCUCUACCACAAAGCCCAACAUGGUCAAGAUCGUCGCAGUCCUCUACACCGCCGGCAAGUACGGUGACGCGCAGCCCCGUCUGCUCGGCACCGUCGAGAACAAGCUCGGCAUUGCUGACUGGCUCAAGCAGCAAGGUCACGAGUUCAUCGUCACUGCCGACAAGGACUCGCCCGACUCGGAAUUCCGCCAGCACGUCAAGGACGCCGAGAUUGUCAUCACCACUCCCUUCCACCCUGCCUACCUCACCGCCGAGGUGCUCGAGUCGGCCAAGAACCUCAAGUGCUGUAUCACCGCCGGUGUCGGCUCCGACCACGUCGACCUCGAUGUCGCUAACAAGAAGAACAUCUCUGUGUACGAGGUGACCGGCUCCAACGUCGUCUCGGUCGCUGAGCACGUCGUCAUGACCAUCCUCGUCCUCGUCCGCAACUUCGUCCCUGCCAACCGUCAGUACCUCGAGGGUGACUGGAACGUCGCCGAGGUCGCCCGUGAGUCGUACGACUUGGAGGGCAAGGUCGUCGGUACACUCGGCUCUGGUCGUAUCGGAACCCGUGUCCUGCAGCGAUUGAAGCCCUUCGACUGCGCCAAGCUCACCUAUUACGACUACCAGCGCAACGACUUCCUCGAGAAGGAGACCGGCGCAGUCCGCGUCGAGGACCUCAAGGAGUUCCUCUCCGAACUCGAUGUGCUCACCAUCAACUGCCCCCUCUACGAAGGUACCAAGGGUCUCAUCGACGCCGAGAAGAUCAGCUGGAUGAAGAAAGGUGCCUGGAUCGUCAACACUGCCCGCGGUGCCAUCGUCAACGCCAAGGACGUCAAGGCCGCUCUCGCCAGUGGCCACCUUCGUGGCUACGGUGGCGACGUCACCGACCAGCAGCCGCCUCCUAAGGACCAUCCCUUCUACACCAUGGCCGCGAGUCACUCCGGGGGUAUCCCCUAUCAGCACGGCGUCGGCGGCAAUGCAAUGACUCCUCACAUUUCUGGUACCUCCAUCGAUGCUCAGAUCCGAUACGCCAACGGUGUCAAGGAGAUCCUCGACAACUACUUCAACGGCAAGCCUCAAACACCUGCCAACAUCAUCGUGGAGAAAGGACAGUACGCCACAAAGGCCUACGGUCAGCGCAAGUAG